GCCAGUCCGGCGGUCAGUCACGGGCGCGCAAGGGGCAGAGCAGACGCGCCGCGCAAAGGAGAAGCAGACACCCGAGGCGACACCGGCGACACCCGGCGACACCGGCGACAGCCAGAGGAGUGCGAGCGACCAUGCGCGGGCUGCUGAUGGUGCUGCUCGUGCUAGCGACGCUCCUGACGCCCCUAGCCCCGCCCGCGCACGCCCUGGAGUUGGACGCCGAGGACGUCCCCGACGCCGCCACCACCGCCGCCGCCGCCACGCCGCCACGCCCCCGGCCAUCCCCCGAGGUGCUGCAGACCGUGGAGAAGAACCUGCUGUCGCUGUUCGGCUUCAACAAGAGGCCGAAGCCGGUGGGCAACGUGGUGAUCCCCGAGGCGAUGGUGCGGCUGUACAAGCAGCAGACGGGCAUGGACCUGGACACGGCGUCGCUGCCGCUGCCGGGCCGGCUCACCCGCUCAGCCAACACCGUCAGAUCCUUCCCACAUAAAGCGAGCGGCGUGGACGCCACGUUCCGGAGGCCGGACCGGUUCCGCCUCAUGUUCGACGUGGCCGGGCAGGGCGGCGUGCCGCGCGAGGAGCGGCUCGAGGCGGCCGAGCUCCAGCUGAGCCGGAGCGCCCUCCACCAGGACGGCGACGAGGACAACGACGUCGGCGACGUGCGCCUGCGGGUCCAGGUGCACGACAUCGUGCGGCCGGGGGUGCGGGGCGUGCGCGGGCCCAUCACGCGCCUGGUGGACCAGCGCGUCGUGGACGUGCGGCAGGGCGAGGACGUGCGGCUGGACGUGCUGCCGGCGGUGCACCGGUGGAUCGAGGACCCCGCCGGCAACCACGGCCUGCUCAUCAGCAUGGCGGCCUCCAACGGCAGCAGCAGGGCGGACGCGCACCGGCACGUCAGGCUGCGCCGGCACGCCGAGGAGGACGAGCACGCGUGGAAGCACGUGCAGCCGCUGCUCUUCACCUACACGGACGACGGCCGGAUCCCCAAGCGGCCGGCGCGGUCCACCCCGCGCUCCAAGCGCGCGCACCAGGGCGGCCACCACAACGGCAGCCACCACCACCGGAAGCACAAGAGAAAGAACGGCACCGAGAACUGUCGGCGGCACCCCCUGUACGUCGACUUCGCGGACGUGGGCUGGAACGACUGGAUCGUCGCGCCACCCGGGUACGAGGCGUACUACUGCCACGGCGACUGCCCGUUCCCCAUGGCGGACCACCUCAACUCCACCAACCACGCCAUCGUGCAGACGCUCAUGCAUUCGGUGAACCCCGGCGCCGUGCCCAAGGCGUGCUGCGUCCCCACGCAGCUCACCAGCAUAUCCAUGCUCUACACGGACGAGGAGGGCAAGGUGGUGCUCAAGAACUACCAGGACAUGGCCGUCAUCGGCUGUGGCUGUAGGUAGCAUGUGCUGCGCGCGAGCACCGGUCCGCGAGUUCAACACCGGACCGCGCCAGAAAAAGAAAUGAACUUUUUUUACGACUUUUAGAAAGCCAGACACUUUGCUGCGCUCCUAUGGCAGUGGCGCCAAAGCGCAUUUGCCAAAGGUUUUAGAGCCAAUGAAGAGAUUACUUUGUUAUUGUUUUAAAUCAAAUCUAAAUUAUUUUAUAUAAUUUAGAAAAGUUGACUCUUGGUCCGUUUUUCCCGUUGUGCUCGUCCGCCGUGCGGGUCCCUCCCCCCUCCCCAUCUCUGUCCAGAAUGCGGACAGGCCAGUCAAAUGCCGUCCAACGUGUUAUUUCUAACUUGCCACCUUAUCUAAACGGCCCAAGUCACAGCUUCGUGAAUUGUGCCAUGCGAGUCGCCAUGCGAGCGGCCCAUACCCGGGCAUGAUGCCGCGCCGUGCACUGUUGGGAAAGACAUACUGUGCACUUCGUACGAUCCUUUUUUUCCCUGCGUUUUGUGCUAUUCCCUAACAUACUUGAGUCAAUGUGAAAAUCAGUCCAAGAGACGACUCCCAUCACUUCGUGUUGCUCGGUAGUUUUGCAACCGCUUCCUCCUUCCUGCUAUGUCACUGAUUCUAUAUAUGCACACGUAUAUACGGUCCCAGUGAGCAAGUUCUGUUUCUACAGCCUAUUCCUAUUAACGUCCCACUGAAUUACACCUGGUACUCAGGAGAGCCGUUAAGCGGAAUAGGCUGUGGAGCAUCGAAAGCGGACCAGUCGGGGAAUCUCGUGGUCACCAAGUGUCAAGUGUCGGGGCUUCGUUUCAAAAGUUUAUGUCGCCCGAGGACAUAAAAUAUCAAUAUGCCUCAGCAAAUAUUUACGCGGAUGCCGUGGCUAAUGUUAAAGCUCUAAAUCAGCUCCUCAGUAUUAAAGUCCAUGUUGCGGCCGAAACGGUCGGCAUAAUAUUGUGGGCUUCCCUUGUCUGGUCUCGACGGGUUCACACAUCAUGGUGUUGAAUCCGUUUGAAUAAUUAAAGAUAAUUUAUUAAUAUUUUUGGUAAUGUCCGUACAUUGUAUCCUGUAAUACGUUCAAAGCUCUGUCUCUCGAAGUUGCAAAUUAAUGAAAACAACUUAUCUAUGUGAUUUGUAAUCUUUGUUGAAAUUUGUUAGUUAAUUGUGGUGUGCAGCAUGUUGAUAUGAUGUGGUGAUUAUGUAAUUUUAGUACGCUCUUCACGCAAUUGUACAUGACUUGUUAUUUAUGUUGUUUAGCCUUAUUUUUUGAAUUAUGUGAUGCAAAUGGAAGUAUGCGAGGGAAGAAAUUUGGCAGAUCUAGUCCAUCAGUUGAUGAUCAAAACUGCCAAGGAGAAAGUAUGUCCUGUGUUAUUAUUAGUUUGAUUCGUUGUUGUGUUAGCAACUUCUCGUCAUGAAAGAAAAAAAUGUGAGAAAAGAAAUGUUAGUACGUAAAUGAGUAAACGAAAUAAUUGCCAUAAAUGAAUCAACGGUGCUAUGAUGUAGGAGAACUAUGGCGAAGCGCCAAAUACCAUUAGGGAUAGAUAAUAGGCAGGGGCCUUCCUUGCAAACAAUAGAAGAUGCUGGAAGAGGGAUUCUGAAAAUCUCUUGAAAAUAGGAGAUGUACAUUUUUUUUUCGUUUCGGCAUCCUGUUUUUCCUGGAACAGGCUUUCAUCUCGUCCUGACACACAUGCGCCCCUCGCUUGGCUCAGGCGAAUGUCGAUUUUAUUGUUACUUUUUUAUUCGAACAGGUGCCGUGGUAAUUCCUGUGUUAGCGUGUGUCGGUGUGUGUAAGAGAGAGGGGGGCGUGAGUGUGUGUGUGUGUGUGUGUUUUUUGAGUGUGUGUGUGUGUGUGUGAGAGAGAGAGAGAGAGAGAGAGAGAGAGAGAGAGAGAGAGAGAGAGAGUAGUUAUACGAACGUCCGGGCCUGUUUUGACACUACUUUCACGCUUAAUAUUUGAUUUCAGCCGAAGCGAGCGAGGAGUGUGUGUUCUCCAGACCUCAGAAUGAGAGUUUUAAUUUUCAUUUAGCUAAGAAUUUAAUCUCCGUCCAAUUGUGGUUUUUAGCCCCACCCCAGACAGCGCAGCGCGACUUGAUUCCUAUGUAUUUUAAAUGUUAUAUGGUAUCUACAAUGUACCAUGCAGACAAGGCAGCAUAUAUUUUGUACCUGUAUUAAGGAAUUUUAUAUUUAUUUGCCAUGUGAAUAUUGUAAAUAUAUGGCGUGUUUAAAUGUUAAAGACGUGAUGUACACCAUGAAUGUAAAAAUAUAUUGCUCUUAUAAUCAAAUACAUGCAAAUAUUUCAUGUAUUUUGUGAAUAUUGCUUGUACAGAGAAAUGUAAAUAUGAGAUAUAAGUGUAAAAAGCUAUAAUUAUAAGAGACCAGCAAAUAAUAAAAACGAUUUCUACGAAAAA